UGUGUAUAAAAGUGGUGCCAAAUUCCAAUGUCCUAGUUUCCUCGACCUCUCGCACCGCUUUAGCGAACCGAGUGUGAGAAGUCUCAGUCUCCAGGAAAUGGAGCUGUGCACAGCCCAAGCCGUCUCUAAGCUUCCACACACGUCCAGCCAAAGGCUCUUUAUCCCAAACCCUCCAAACCUCCGUUACAAGCCCUCACUUCUUCCCAGACGAACCUCUCUAUCUCGCACCAGUCGCUUUCUAAACUCUCGGUUGCGUUAUUUCUCUCACUCCUUCCCAAGAGCAUCAACAUCAGAAGAAACCUCAAAUGGAGUGAAUAAGUAUGGUGGUGAAGAUCGUGAUGGUGUGGUAACCGUGGAAGAUGUUCCACCAGCUGGAAGAAAUGUAUAUAAUGUUACCCCAACAUCACAAGCACCAGAAGCACCUAAAGAAGAGUCCAAUGCAGAUGGGCAAACGCAGACAUUUGAGAUUUUGGAUAAUCUUAAUUUUGACUCUGGUGAUACAUUUUCUAUUUUGUUCCUUGGUGGUGGCGCCUUGGUCGCCCUCUGGCUUGCAUCAGCUAUUGUUGGUUCCAUAGAUUCUAUCCCCUUGUUCCCCAAGUUGAUGGAAGUUGUUGGACUUGGCUACACAGUGUGGUUCACAUCUCGCUAUCUGAUAUUCAAGGAAAGUAGGGAAGAAUUGGUUUCUAAAUUUCAAGAGCUUAAGCAGCAGGUUCUCGGAUCAUCUGAUGAUUGAUGAGGGCUGCUCUGAUGUUGCGAUGUAUGUUUGGUGGACGCAGAGAUAGAUCACUGCAGAGCUUAAGCUUGUUCUUCAGUUUAAAGCCGAUAGGCGUUAUACAUUGUUUCUAUUUCCUCGUCCAUAUGUUUUUUUCUCUUCCCCACCAUCUUGCCAGUAAAUAUUCUGUAGUUCUCUUUUUAAUACCUCUGUGUAUACGUGGAUAAUACCCAAAUUUGCUUCUUGAUUAGGAAAAGUUUUCAGUUUAUGAAGAGAGAAAGAUUCUAAUCCUUGAUGGAUAAGUUGUUUAUUUAUUUAUUUAUUUUUAAA